GGGAGAAGACUCAGAUGGGGAGAAGGGGAAGGGAAUGGUAGGUGAUCACAGAGGUCCUGGGAGACAACUCAAGGACUCGGAUUUUGUUUGAGUAACACAGGAAGCAUUGCAAGUGACAAGUGAGCAGAGGUAUGGCAUGAUUUGACAGAUUUUAAAAGAACUGCUCCGGCUCUUGUGCUGGCAACAGACUCCAGUGGGGCAAGGGAGAAGCAGAAACUGCUAGGAGGCUACUGCAGUGAUCCAGAAAAACUGCUUCUUGGAACAACGAGAAAAUGUUGAGAAGCUGCUGAAGACCUGAAAAUAUACAAACUUCUGUUCUAAACUGGACCCUCCUACUCUUAAACUCAAUUUGAGAUAUACUCGAUGUUGAAGAACGCAAGAUGAACAACAGACUGGCACUUUUUCCAAGUUAAGAGCAUGGCUGGUUUGGACAAGUUCAAGUGAUAAGUAAGCAGGAAGGGUGCCUAUUAGCAUCGGCAUGUAAGUGAUGACGGCAGGUGUGUUAAGAUGAUGGUGCAUCAGGAUGUGACAGGUGUUCAUUUCCACAAGACCACUCUGGAUCCAGUUCAACAGGGAGGCCUUUAAGAGCACUUCCAAUCUGAGCUAAAACACAAAGCUGGAAACAAGAUUUUUGACUGAUCCUUGAGACUCUGAAGCUACUUUCCUGAUUCUUAUGUAACACCUGUGUCUACCAUCUCUGGAAAAGUAGACACACAAUAUUUCAGCAGAGCAAGAACAUUUAAAAGAUUCAUUUCCGCUGUGCCACGACAAGAAUUCCAGGAGAGAGCUUCUUGAACGCUCCUGCACACAUAGCUGAUACGCCACCUACUGCAAAACCGAGCUGACAGCGCAGGCGAUGCUGCCAGCAUUUCCAUUCCAUCACCAGGCUGGGGCUGAAUAAAGGCGUGUUUGUGUGGUAGUGUUUCUUUUUUAAAAAUCUCAAAGCCAAGAAGAACAAGCUGCAAUUGCAUUUCCGAACAUGGAGCGUAAAAUAAACAGAAGAGAAAAAGAAAAGGAGUAUGAAGGGAAACAUAACAGCCUGGAAGACGCUGACCAGGGCAAGAACUGCAAAUCCACCCUGAUGACCCUCAACGUUGGUGGAUACUUAUACAUUACUCAGAAACAAACACUGACCAAGUACCCAGACACUUUCCUCGAAGGUAUAGUGAACGGGAAAAUCCUCUGCCCGUUUGAUGCCGAUGGUCACUAUUUCAUAGACAGGGAUGGGCUCCUCUUCAGGCAUGUUCUAAACUUCCUACGAAAUGGAGAACUUCUACUGCCCGAAGGCUUUCGAGAAAAUCAACUGCUUGCACAAGAAGCAGAAUUCUUUCAGCUCAAGGGACUGGCAGAGGAGGUGAAGUCCAGGUGGGAAAAAGAACAGCUGACACCCAGGGAGACUACUUUCUUGGAAAUAACAGAUAACCACGAUCGCUCACAAGGACUGAGGAUCUUCUGUAAUGCUCCUGAUUUCAUAUCAAAAAUAAAAUCUCGUAUUGUUCUGGUAUCCAAAAGCAGGCUGGAUGGAUUUCCAGAGGAGUUUUCAAUAUCGUCAAAUAUCAUCCAGUUUAAAUACUUCAUAAAGUCCGAAAAUGGCACUCGGCUUGUCCUGAAGGAAGACAACACCUUUGUCUGCACCUUGGAAACUCUGAAGUUUGAGGCCAUAAUGAUGGCCUUAAAGUGUGGUUUCAGACUGCUGACCAGCCUGGAUUGUUCCAAAGGGUCAAUUGUUCACAGCGAUGCACUUCAUUUUAUCAAGUAAUUACCUGUGUCAUGAACAAAGGCAACAAGCAUGCAGCCAGCAAGCUUCGGAAAACCACAGCAUCAGAGGCACCCCAAAUAACGUGCCCAGCUAGCUCUGUACUCAGAGCCCUGCUGCUAAUCAAUUACUGUGAGCUAACGGUAUGUAAAUCCUAUUGCUAAAGAUGUCCUUCUCUAGGGUGUUCUGCAGAUCAGACUCGUACACUUAAAGUGAAAACAGUGAUCCUCUACAUAGUGUAAAUAAAGACUGAACGCUUUUGCUAUUUGUUUAUUUUUCCUUAAGCUGUCGUUCAAUCAGAAUGUCUUGGGUACUUGCACAAUGAACAAGCAUCAUGUACGUUAUCUAUCGUGCUUUUAAAUAAAUGGUAACAAAAUAUUUUUAAGGGACUAUAGAUUUAAAUCCCUUCUAUUUAUGGCAAAAAUCUACGAAGAAACUGCACUGGCAAAAUUAACCAUUGAGAGCAAGAUAGAUGUGCAGAUCUACUAAAACAGAGCUGUGGUGAAACCAAGUGAGACUGUAAGAAGGUAUUAAAGCUGUGGAUUUCAUUUUUAAUGGUAGGCACCAAAAGCUUGUUCCUAGUUCCUGUAUUUCAUACUAGAAUUAUAGCUGAAUUGAUAUAUUGUUGAAAAUUCCUAGAAAACUGCUUGACGACAAUAAAAAAAAUGAAAGUGCUACUAACUUCUUUGCGUGUAUUAAUAAUUUAAAAAGUUUACAUGUGCCACUUUACCUUUUGAUGACUUCACACAGUAUUAUGCAUUGAUGUGGUCA